AGCGCGGUGCGCAGGCGCAGAGCGGCCCGGGCCGCGGCGGCCGCUCCCUGGUUGGCAGUGCUCGCUAAGAUGGCGGAUUUCCUGCCAUCGCGGUCCUCGCUGUCGGUGUGCUUCCCGAGCUGCCUGCUGAACAGCAGCGAGGCCGAACAGCAGCGCAAGUCCAAAGAGAUCGACAAGUGCCUCUACCGCGAGAAGACCUACGUCAAGCGGCUGGUCAAGAUCCUGCUGCUGGGCGCCGGCGAGAGCGGCAAGAGCACCUUCCUCAAGCAGAUGCGCAUCAUCCACGGAGAGGACUGGGACCGCUCCGCGCGCGAGGACUUCCGCGCCACCAUCUACAGCAACGUCCUCAAGGGUGUAAGAGUUCUCGUAGAUGCCCGAGAGAAGCUUCAUAUUCCCUGGGGAAAUCCUGCUAAUCAAACCAAUGGUGACAAGUUGAUGGCCUUCGAUACCCGCUCAGGAGUAGCAGUGCAAGGGAUGGUGGAGACCCAGGUUUUUUUACAGUACCUUCCAGCAAUAAGAUCUUUGUGGGCAGAUAGUGGGAUCCAGCAUGCCUAUGACAGACGCAGAGAAUUCCAGUUGGGAGAAUCUAUAAAAUACUUCCUGGACAACUUGGACAAACUUGGAGAACCAGAUUAUCUUCCUUCUCAGCAAGAUAUUCUAUUGGCACGAAGACCUACCAAAGGGAUCCAUGAGUACGAUUUUCAGAUUAAAAAUGUUCCCUUCAAGAUGGUUGAUGUAGGUGGCCAAAGGUCAGAGCGAAAACGUUGGUUUGAAUGCUUUGACAGUGUCACUUCAAUAUUGUUCCUGGUUUCAUCAAGUGAAUUUGACCAGGUACUUAUGGAGGAUCGACAAACAAAUCGCCUUACAGAAUCUCUGAACAUUUUUGAAACAAUAGUCAACAAUCGGGUUUUCAGCAAUGUGUCCAUCAUUCUUUUCCUAAACAAGACAGACUUACUUGAGGAAAAAGUGCAAAAAGUGAGCAUCAAGGACUACUUCCCAGAAUUUCAAGGUGAUCCCCACAACUUGACAGACGUCCAAAAAUUCCUGGUGGAUUGUUUUCGUACCAAACGCCGGGACCAGCAGCAGAAGCCCUUAUAUCACCACUUCACCACUGCUAUUAAUACAGAAAACAUCCGCCUUGUGUUUCGUGAUGUCAAGGAUACCAUCCUUCAUGACAACCUCAAGCAGCUCAUGCUACAGUAAUGGGCAAAAAAGAUUUUGGGUUAAUAGUUUACAGCAGGAGUUGAAAAAAAUGGCCUAUUAGACCUCAUCAUGUGUGGGUAAAGGCUGCUGCUGUUCAAGUUAUUGCCAAUUUCUCUUGAAAUUCGGGCUUUACUUUUUCCACUGUAAUUUUGUUUUCAAUCAGUUUUAAUUUCUUAACAGACUUUUUAAAGAUAACUCAAAGUUUUAACCUCUUCCAUCUUUUUCAGUUUGAUAAAAGCAUGUAUUUCUAUAACAUCUAUUAAUGUAUAGACAUGUGGUUGAAAGAAUUUACUUUGGAAAUUUGCUAAAGUGGUUUGGCAUGUGAAAUUGAUAACAGAGACCUGAUACAACUUUGGACUGCUCUCCAAGCUUGGCCAACUGCUGCCACCUGUGCUCUCUGGCAAACUGCUCUGCCCAACUAUUAAGCUGUACUUGAAGUUUACAAAUGUGUUUAUGCUUCCAUGCCAUUGGGGGUGCUCAGAAAUGGUACCAGAAAGAAAAACAAUUGUGGUCCACUACCACUGAAUAUUUUAAUCAAAAUGGUUUUUGUAUAAACGCCUGGUAUUGAUUGCUGAUUGAUAGCUCUUACAGUUUGAGAAAUCUAUGCUUUCAUAGUUUGAUGCCAAAAUAGCAUAAAGCACACAGCUUCUUCUAGCUUUUGAAAGCCUCUUGUCAUUUUCUGUGAAUAAGCCAUUGUUGAACACAGCUACUUGGAUUUUUUUUUUCUCCCACUUAGAACAGAUAUUGCAGUUUGGGUAAUCAAGGAAGCCAAGCAUGAGAUUUGUUUCUGCUCAACAAUCACAGUGUUUAUAGAUGUCAGAUGCAAC